UUCCCUUGCCGCUAAUCUGCUCCAAUGGUGCGCUUAUUUUGAUAACGAAGACGUAUGGUUCGAACUCUUCCAGCACUAUGCGCGAUGGGCAUAUUGCAUAACUACGGGUUCGUUGAGCCAUACAGCUUCACUUCAGAGCUGGUCGAAUCGAAGGGAUACAGCAUUCACGCAUGCUUGCACUCUUGGACGGUUCACAUACUAAAUCAGGGUUGGGAUGGCUGCCUAAACAAGCUCGCGCUCGAGUGUAUAGCAUCAAAGGUGCCAUCACAGGAUGACGAUCAGUUCUGGCUACUUCAAAGACGACUUUUAGCACAUGCAAUAACGUCUUGCGCCACAUUUCAAGAUGGAGAUGAUGGUUUGGAUUCGGCUUUCCAUAAUCUAGGGAUCCUUUACACAGCUCAAGGCAAGAUGCAAGAGGCGGAGGAGAUGUACUUGCGGGCGCUUCGAGGGUACGAGAAUGCGUGGGGACCGGAUCACACGUCGACACUCGACACGGUCAACAACCUAGGUAUCCUUUACAAAGCCCAAGGC